AUUUUAGCUUAAUACGUAUUUUUAAGAGCUACGCGCCCUAAAUGUUUUAAUAAAUUACAAUUAAAAAGCGUAAUAAGCAGCAGCUAUGUGGAUGCUAAAAGCAGGCAACGACUCUUUGUGCCAACAAUCAAAGCUAAAAUGCUACACACGGAAUCCUUGCCGAAUCACCAAGGCAUCUAUGCGCCGUUAAGUCAGGCCAUGAGUGAUUCUGAAUCUGAUGAGGAAAUUGAAAUACACAACGCCAAUAAGCUUCGCCAGCAACAGCAGCACCAACAUUUACAGCAGCAAAACCAACAGCAGCAGCAGCAGCAUCAACAACAACAACGCAGCCGUUUGCCACCCAAUACAUUAGCUUUAAAAUCACCACACACAGAAUCAAACAAGGUUACUUGCAGUGGUGGUGCCAAUCAGCUUAAGGAAUCUCAUCCAAUCCCAUCGCAGCCAGUACAUAAAUUGGAAAGCAGCUUUAGCAACCAUAUGCAGCAUACUUUUCGGUCGGUGAUGCUUAGCGAUCUGGGCAGCUCUGACGUGGGCGUGGGCUCCGGCACCAACAUCAAUUUGGAGUUUAACAACUUUAACGGAGACUAUGAUAAUAGCGCUGAUAAUGUUGCCAUCUUGGGCAGUCAAGCGGAGCAGCCGUCAAAGCGUAUGCCCAUGUCGCGUAUGCGCCGCUGCUGCUUUAUCGCCUCGCUACUUCUCUGCGUUAUCGCCGUUGUGGUCUUUGUCUGGCUGAUACCCUGUGGUAAUCCGGAUGGCACUGGCGUCUGUCCAGCACUUGUGGAUCGCGCCAAGGCGCGCAAUUGGCUUAAAUACUACUCAAAUAUUGAGAUAUUGGGCAAGAUACAUGUGGUGAGCGGUCUUCGCAGCUGGGAGAAGAAUUUAAUAUUCCUCUAUCGCGGAGAUGCCUUUUUUCCGGGCCAUGAGCCGCAUAAAGAUAAGAGCAAUGGAAUUCUAUGCGUCAUAGGCAGCACGGGCGCAAUUGCCUGGUAUGACGAGCUAGAGGAUGAGCCCAUAGCCAUGGACUGCUCACUGCUGGAUGUGGACAUGCAAGGCAAACCCGAUUGCCUGGUUAUGGAUGAGUAUGGGACACUGGGCGCCAUCAAUUCCGCCAGUGGAGAGUGGCGUUGGCGCUUUAAAGAGCGCGCCGUAAGAGUACUUCGUGAACAGGACUUUCCACUUAUUCUUCCCGAUGUAGACGGCGAUGGCGUGCUGGAUUUAUUAUAUUUAACUGGCAUGCAUCUGGAAGAGCGCACCAAGAGCUUGGUUAAGGGCACAGCGAAUGCAUCAAGCCUGGAAUCACGCAAUGUGCUGCACUUGUUGUCUGGACGUCAGGGCAAACCCUUAGGCGAUAGCUUUGCCGUAAACGAUUGUUGGUUAGUGUCUAAGCUGAGUCUGGACGCGGACAAGUUGAUUGUGAACUUUAAUUGCUGGAACAAUAGAACACAGCAGGACGAGCAACGCUCCAAAUCGGUUGCCGAACUCUAUGCGCUCAUAACAAACAAAUCCAUUGUGGGUCAACGGCUGCAAGUAUCUGCCAAUAAGCUACGCAGUAAUCCGCAACAUCGUCCGCAACGUUAUCUGGAACGCAAUGUCUACGUUUUGAAUGGACGUGAGCUGACUGUGGAGAAUCAUGGCAAAUGUCCGGCGUGCGAUGUUACUUUUGUCUUGACGGAGCAGCGAGAUGGCCGCACGCACAUUUUACAGAACUCUACAACCAUUAACUCGUACGGCAUGAUUCCGGCUAAAUGGAGUUUCACAUACCUACAAACCAAGUUGACUGGCUUUGUUAUUAAGUUUUGGAAGUAUCAUAACGUCAUACGGUAUCCGCCCGGCUACAGCAUGAACAGCAACAAAAACAAUGUGGAUAAAAUUUAUAAUUACACCAACAGCUCCGGUAAAAGCUCGACCAGCGGCAAGAAAAAGGAUUCGGGCAAGGCCAGAUCCCAGCAGCAGCUGCUGCAUUCCAUGCCCAUACAAAAACGCGAAGUCUACAAUGUGCCCUCAAAGAAUCAAAGCAAGAACAGCAAUAGUGAGCAAGCGCUGCUCCUGAAAUCCUACAAAAUGCAAUUGGUCACCGAAUCAGUCAUACUUGUAAUCUUCAUUGGCGCCGACACACGCAUCGAGAACACCUCUCAGAGCAACAUUGUGCAGUUCUGUCGUACCGGAACCAAAGAGUUGUUUUGCCUGCCUGACUUGCACAACCAACAGGAUUCGAUGGUGCUGGCGGAUCUGGAUCAGGAUCACGAUCUGGAGCUGGUCACCUAUACGUCCACCUUUGCGCAGGAUAAUAAUGACCCAGCAGAGGAUUGGAAGCUAACCACCUAUGUGCGUCUGCUACGUCUGGAGUCAGAGCUGCCCGCCCACGCACUGGAUCUACUCAAGUAGGAGUGGGUCAAGACGGCACACAAGUGCAUUUAAUAAAUACAUAUGAACUAACUACAAUUAGAACAUUUACAUCCAAACCAAAUAUAUGUCAUAAUCUUCACUUACGCAGCAGCGAUUUAAACGGUUAAUAAAAGGCAGCAAAUGCAGCCAAACUAGAUCUUAA